CUUCCGGGCCAGAGGACGCGGGACGGCGAGAUGGGGAAGAUGGCGGCGGCACUGGGUUCUGUGGCUACGUUGGCGACGGAGCCCGGGGAGGACGCCUUUCGGAAGCUUUUCCGCUUCUACCGGCAGAGCCGCCCCGGGACCGCAGACCUGGGAGGGGUCAUCGACUUCUCGGCGGCCCACGCAGGCCGCGGCACGGGGCCCGGGGCCCACAAGGUGGUCAGAUCUCAGCUAAGUGUGUCCUCAGUCAGUGACCACGAUGCACACAGAGCAGGACUUCAGCCGGUCAGCAAGUGGCAAGCUUACGGACUCGAAGACUAUCCUGGAUUUAUUUUCAUCCCAAAUCCCUUCCUCCCAGGUUACCAGUGGCACUGGGUGAAACAGUGCCUUAAGUUAUAUUCCCAGAAACCUAAUGUGUGUAACCUGGACAAACACAUGACUAAAGAAGAGACCUGGAAUCUCUGGGAACAGAGCAAAGAGUUUCUAAGAUAUAAAGAAGUGAAUAAACGGAGACCCCGAAGCUUACUAGAGAAACUGCGAUGGGUGACCCUAGGCUACCAUUAUAACUGGGACAGUAAGAAAUACUCAGCAGAUCAUUAUACACCUUUCCCUUCUGACCUGGCUUUCCUCUCAGAGCAAGUAGCUGCUGCCUGUGGAUUUCAGGGUUUCCGAGCCGAAGCAGGUAUCCUGAAUUACUACCGAUUAGAUUCUACGCUGGGCAUUCAUGUAGAUAAAUCUGAACUUGAUCACUCCAAGCCCCUGCUGUCAUUCAGCUUUGGACAGUCUGCCAUCUUUCUCCUGGGUGGCCUCAAAAGAGACGAAGCCCCCACAGCCAUGUUUAUGCACAGCGGUGACAUCAUGGUAAUGUCAGGUUUCAGUCGCCUGGUGAACCAUGCAGUUCCAAAGGUCCUUCCAAGUUCCAACGGGGAAAGCCUGCCUUGCUGCCUGGAAACCCCUCCCCCGGCUGUCGUCCCCAGAGAUUCGGUGGUGGAGUGCUGCUCUGCAGAGGACUGGCAGGUGUGUGCCAGCUACUUGAAAACUGCCCGUGUUAACAUGACUGUCCGACAGGUGCUGGCCACAGACCAGGACUUCCCUUUGGAACCCACGGAGGAGAGUAAAAGGGACAUCACCACUGAAGGUUUCUGCCACCUAGACGACGAGAAUAGCCAAGUGAAACGAGCUAGGUUAAACCCUGACAGCUGAGACUGGAAGAGCCCAUUCCUUUUACUGAGGCAGAUCUUACAGUAAAGGGCUGCGCCAUUUUGUAUCGCCAUUGGCCUCAGCACCAAGACAGGCCAAGGCAGACCGGGGAAAACUCAUCAUUGAUCACAGUGUUGCCUUGCAACCCCUUCUGUAGAGUAAACUGACUCAUCACAUACACCAGCGCCUAACCGGGACUGGACCAGACAGGUGUUCGACACGGUCCAGCCCUGCUCAGGCAGUGACGUACGGGAGAAACCCAGGGAGGUGUGGCGUUCUACCAGAGCCCUCUCAGCCUCGCCGUCAUCCCUGAGGGAAGUAGAAGUGCGUUUCCGUGGCUGUGGAGUCUUUAAAUACCUCAGAUUUUAUUAACGGGAAACGUGAUAGCCCUCCCACCAGCCCGUCUAGUGAUUCUGUGAUAAAAUUGCGGUUCCGUGAACCAACCAUUAGUCUCACUUACUCAUUCUUCCCAUUAGUGACAAAUCUUUUGAUCUUGUCUUCCAUCUUUUCUGGCCUUCACAGAAGAAUCCUGCAACCAUUGAGACAAUGAAAAUGAAAAUCUCACCCCCUAGAAGAGAAAUUAAGCACAGCCGUCUCUUUCUUAAAAAGUAAAUAUACACUCAAGGAAAGGGAACAGUAGUUUCUCCAGAUGUCUUUUAGGUCUCCAAACUGCUGGUUUUUAAGGCUACUCUCUCAGUUGGACUGAAAGAGUUCCAGGAAUGCUCUGUACUGUUUUCUCGGUGAAUAAACUCACUCGGUUUUAAAUUAAAGAUCUGUAUCUAUCUUUGAGGGUUAAUGUAUCUGGGGGUAGUUUUUUCCUGCUUCUGCUUACUGUAGUAUUCUUGCUUUUAAAGUCCUCUAGCCGUUUCUACCCUGCACCAUCCUGCUCUGCCCUGAGUGCUCUUUGUAGCUGUCUCGGAGGAGAGGAUAUUCUGUGAUAUCCCAGUCACUGCUGUCUUUGUUACCUGUAGACAGCUUGGACAAUACAGGAAGCAUCAAGCUUUAAUCUGUGUGCCCCCACCAACUCACUGUGCCCUGAGAUAAGUUACUGUACAUUUCUCUGGACCUCGGUUUCCUCAUUCAUAAAGUGAAGAUAAUAUCUACUUCCAUCUUCCUAGAGGGAAAUGGAUAUUUCAAAUGAUAAUGGGAACUUAGCACUCCUUUCUGGAAGCAUCCUGUGCCAAUAUUUUACUUUGGUUUGGACGCUGAGGAACGUCCCAGCUUGUAUGGGUGGCUGGUGGGAAGCCACUGUGGUAACUUCCGCUUGCAGUGUGAUUUCCAGAAUUUUCAUUUCUACUCUGUCCUCUUUCUUAUGAGCAUGGAACAUGGAGUUCAUAUUGUAACCUGUGGUAGGUUUUUGAUUGAGUAAUUGAUUGAUUUCAGAGAGAGAAACAUUGGUCUGUUCCGCUUAUUUAUGCAUUCACUGGCUGAUUUUCCUGCAUGUGCCCUGACUGGGGAUCAGACCCGCAGCCUUGACAUAUUGGGAGUGUUCUAACCAACUUAGCUACCUGGCCAGGGCAUGUAGGGGUUGUUUGUUUGUCUGUCUGUCUGUUUGUUUUUGUUUUGUUUAGGACUAAAAAAUUAAUAGAAUAAUCCUCAUGUGUAACUAGUUUCUAAAAUUAGUCAUUCUAGCCCUGGCCAGUGUGGCUCAGUCGAUUGGAGUGUCGUCCCAUAACUGAAAGCUUGUGGGUUCAGUUCCCAGGCAGAGCACACACCAGGGCUGCAGGGUCACUCCCUGGUCCAGGUGUGUGCGGGAGGCAGCUGGUCAGUGCUUCUCGCAUUGAUGUUUCUCCCAAAAAAAGCAAUGAAGAAAAUGUCUUCAGGUGAGGAUAAAAUGUAAGUAAAAAUAAAAUGAGUGCAUUAUAGGAAAUGUUUAUAUAAUUUAAAUUACCCCUGGAAAAAUUCCUAAAAUUUUCCAUAAUGUAGAUGACAUGUGACCCACUGGAAACCAACAGACUGUUUAGUAAAACCAACAGAGUCAGCUUCUCCUCCAGCAUUAUAGUAGGUUGCUCUUUGUUCAAUUAAAUGUCAUAUGAAGGUGUUGACUUGUGUUUAGGGGCAGUGUUGUACAAAAAUACAUAUUCAUACUGUAAACUCCACGGAGCUAGGUAUGUGUGUCACGGGAAGCAUGUGGACACUGAUGUCAGCCCGAAGACGAGCAGAUUCCUCCCCCGCCCGGCUCCCUUUGUUUCAGUUCCCCACCAACAUCUGAGUCAGGUCAGCAAACUACGGCCCGCCUCCUAGAUUUUUGUGGCCCGCAGACUAAGAAUAGUUUCUACAUUUCUAAGUGGUUGAGGGGGAGGGAAUCCAAACAAGAAUAAUAUUUUGUGACACAUGAAAGUUAUAUGAAAUUCAAAUUUGUGUCCAUAAAGUUUUAUUGGAACACAGCCACACUGUAAUUUGUUUACAGGUUAUCUGGGGUUCCUUUCAUGCUACACUGACAAGGUUGAGUCACUGCAGCAGAGACCAGGUAGCCUGCACAAAGCCUAAGAGAUAACAGUCUAGCCUCUCACAGAAAGCAUUGGCCAAUACCUAGAAAGGAAGCUAGACCCCUCUGGGAAGGAACCUGAUACCAGGGUAAGGGACUAAGGUAGUAUAUUCUUUUUUUUCUCUAUUAUUUUAUACCACCAAUGCCAGAGUAUAUUCGUUGUGAUCUAGUCUGUAUGUGGCAGACACCAAGCGUGGAGUCACAGAGGUUGGGACUGGGGAGAUGGGUGCUCUGAUUCUCUGCUAGUAGGAAUGUACCUGUAUUUUGUCAUGUAUAAUGCAUACUUUUUUGCUCAAAUUUUGAGGGAAAAAUGAGAAUGCAUAUUAUACAUGGAUAGUCCUAAUUCCGUUAUCUAUAUAAAUGUUUUUAACUAUUUAUGCUUAUGCAUUAAACUCUAGAAAGCAAUAACGAUAUCCGUAUGCAAAAUAAUACCCUGGAAUAUGAUGAUAAGUUUUGUUUCUAAAUAUAAAUAAAAUAUUGAAUUUAAAAAAUGAAAAUGAAAGGUUUUUUUUUCCUGGAAGUUUGGGCCAAAAAUGUGGGUGCACAUUAUACAUUGGCAAAAUAUGGUAAAUUGCUGUAACCUCUAAGGCAUAGUUUACAAGUAUGUUAACAUGUAAUUUCUGCAUCCCAGUCUGACCAGAACAGUCCUGAAGUAUGUCCCCUUUUCCUCUCAGAAGUGAUUUGGUUUGAUGAUAAAUUGCACGGUCAUCCUAACUACGGUUUUUUAAAAGAUUUUUAGAGAAAGGAGGGAGAAAAAGACGGAGAGGGAAAAAAUCGUGUUAGAGAAACAUUGAAACAUCGGUUUCCUCUCUCACGUACCCAUCUGGGGAGCUGGCAUGCAGCCCAGGCAUGUGCCCUGACGGGGAAUCAAACUGCUGACCUCUCGGUUCACAGGAGAGCACUCAACACACUGAGCCACACCGGCCAGUGCUUCGUACUAAUUAUGUUUUAAAAUGUGUACCAUUUAGCUCUGGCUGGCGUAGCUCAGUGGAUUGAGCGCGGGCUGGGAACCAAAGUGCCCCAGGUUCGGUUCCCAGCCAGGGUACAUUCCUGGGUUGCAGGCCAUAACCCCCAGCAACCACACAUUGAUGUUUCUCUUUCUCUCUAUCUCCCUUCCUUCCCUCUCUUAAAUAAAUAAAUAAAUAAAAUAUUUUAAAAAUUUUAAAUUAAAAAAAAAAUGUGUACCAUUUGACCGAAUAAAUUUUACUUCUGGGAGUUUGAGUCUGAGGAAGUAAUUAGAGCUGUCCACAAAAGUUUUGUGUAAGUUUGUUGUAACGGUAAAAGUUUGAAAUAAACUCAAUAUCCAGCAACAAGG